UUUAUUAAUAACAAAGAUGGGAUACAAUAAAUUCAUUGCAUCUUUAAUACGAAGUAAAAGUACAAAAGCAUUGUUAAAAAGAAGAUAUAAUGUUUCUGGAAUAUUUUACACCUCAAAAUGUAGAGCCAGUACAUCAGGUAGAAAUGAUAAAAAUGAUGAAUUGGAUGAGCUUGAUAAGCCCCUUAAGUUUUCCACAUCUGAAGCAGCAAGAUGGCCUGCUGCAUGGUCAACUACCGACCAUUCAGAUGUACCACCGUAUCAACCAACAGUUAUAGCAAUAAGUUUGUUCAUUUUUUACAUCUAUUUCACUCAACUUAGAGAGGAAAAUGAUAUUGACCUGAAAAUGGUGGAAAACAUACCUAUAGAAAUUCAGGAGCAAAUAUAUGGAAAGAAAGAGAAAAAAUAAAUAAACAGAGAUGUAAUGUAGUGUAGUUUUAAUGUUAUUAUUGAAUUAUUGUACAA